AUGCGUUGGAUCGACGGACUUGCCUUAACCCUACUGAUCGUCGACUCAUGGAGCUCGUUCAAGGACCAUGAAGCGAUUCAGGGUGCUUUACCAACUGGCAAGGAGGUGGAAGUGCUCAACAUUCCACCUGAGGCAACCUCCCAAAUUCAGCCUCUAGAUGUAUAUUUUUUCUUACCAUCCAAAGCGAUGUAUAAGCGUAUUGUCUCUUUCGUGAUUGCUCAUGAUCUGGACUGUCAGCCAGACGGCACAGCGCAAAUCACCAGUGCACCUAUCCAAGAAUACGACGCUCCUGUCUCUCCUACACCUUUUAGAGCCUUCCAAAAUCCGGAAAGGAAUCAGAUUCGCAUACAGUACAACCCCACGUUUAUCCAACACACCGCCUUCCACAACGACAAUAGACAAGUCAUCCUAGUUGACAAUUACCAAGACUACGGUAACGUUUACGAACAAAUCUACGACCAACCUUCAACAAGUCAGCAAGUCUAUAAUACCUACGAACAACCCUCUACAAGUCGGCAGUUUUUGAACAACCAACCAAGCGCCGACCCUAUUAUAUCAGACGAUCUAUCUUCUGACAGCCCACCUCGCAGUCCCACACCCAUUCCGGAACAACCCACUCAAGACAGGUCACCCUCACCAACUCCUCCCAUUGAAAAUAUGGAUAUCGGUGAACACCACGUGCCCGCACAACCAGACUCAGUCUUCGAUAAAUUGUGUUUAUCCUCGUAUGCCAGCAAACUCCCCACCUUCUCAGGAGAUAAAGGCGGGGCAGGAUUGAUGAAUUUCUUGGAGAAAUUCAACGAAAUAGGAAAUAUCAUGGGAUUAACCGAAUCCAAAAUGGUUCGUCUUUUGCCAGCACACUUGAAGGGUGCCGCAAAAGCUGUUUUUGAAAACUUUCCUGACACGGACAAGCAAAAUUGGCGUAUAGCAACCAGAAAACUUAGGGAACACUUCUCCACAGAUCAUUUUUUAGACAUGGCAAGGGAAAAAGUCAUGGAAAUGAGAAUGGAACCUGGUGAAUCACCAGUGGUGUUUUCCAAUAGAAUUCGCAAAGAAAUUCUAGACGCGUACCCAAGCUCGCAACUGUCUGAUAAGCGCAAAUUUUUGCAAAAUAUGAUUUUUACUAAUGCUCUGUCCAACCCAAUUAAACAGAGACUGAAACUCCUUGGCUAA